AAAAUAGAAUACAUAAACAAAUAAUAUAUUCCCAGAUAAUAAUGACCUUCCCGAACAGCUAACGUUACAGUAUCACAAAAAGAAAUCAAUGAAUGACAAAAAUGGUUUGUCAGCCAGUGAAGAAAUGUUCGGUUCUGAAAAUAAUCUAUAAACAUAUCUGUAUGCAGGCUGCAGUCAUAGGAUGCUCCUGCAGCAGCGUCACAUGACGUCUCCUCCGAGCAGCAGCAGGCCAGUUGUUUACGGGCGCUGAUCACAGACUGGAUGUAUUUGAGAAGGGACGCCGUGCUGGCUGGCUGUCAAAACCACGGCAGGAGGCUCAUCAGCACAGGGUGUUCCAGUGGUUGCCAGAAAGGGACAAGGGCCUGUAGCGUCCACAGGCGGUCCUCGGGUCCGGCUGGUUCAGCCCUGAGACGACGGCAUCAUGGCCGACCGUGAAAAAUCCAAGCAGCUGAACGGCAGUGCCGACCGCUCGUCCCUUGGUUUGGAGCCACCCAAAGAGAGCAUGCAGCUUAAGAAGGAGAUCUCGCUGCUCAACGGCGUCAGCCUGAUCGUAGGAAACAUGAUCGGCUCCGGCAUCUUCGUCUCCCCCAAGGGUGUGCUAAACUACAGCGCCUCUUACGGGCUGUCACUAGUCAUCUGGGUCAUCGGGGGCCUGUUUUCUGUGGUGGGGGCCCUCUGCUACGCUGAGCUGGGCACCACCAUCACCAAAUCAGGGGCGUCUUAUGCGUACAUCCUGGAGUCAUUCGGUGGCUUCAUUGCAUUCAUUCGCCUGUGGACCUCUCUGUUGAUCAUUGAGCCCACCAGCCAGGCGGUCAUUGCCAUCACUUUUGCAAACUACCUGGUGCAGCCGCUCUUUCCAACAUGCGAACCUCCAUACGCAGCAGCCCGGCUCCUCGCUGCAGCGUGUAUAUGCUUACUGACAUUCAUCAACUCUGCCUAUGUGAAGUGGGGCACCCGCGUGCAGGACAUUUUCACCUACGCCAAGGUGGCAGCCCUCAUCGUCAUCAUCGUCACUGGCAUCGUCAAGCUGUGCCAGGGUUACACAACCAACUUUGAAUCAUCCUUUCAGGGAUCGUCUACAGACCCCGGUAACAUUGCCCUGGCGCUCUACUCUGCCCUCUUCUCCUAUUCCGGCUGGGACACCCUCAACUUUGUGACAGAGGAGAUCAAAAACCCUGAAAGGAACCUGCCGCUGGCCAUCGCCAUCUCUAUGCCCAUUGUCACCAUCAUCUACAUCCUCACCAAUGUGGCCUACUAUGCUGUUAUGGACAUCAGUGCUAUCCUGGCCAGUGAUGCAGUGGCAGUGACAUUUGCAGAUCACACUCUCGGUGUGAUGAGCUGGACCAUACCCAUUGCCGUGGCUCUGUCCUGCUAUGGAGGCCUUAACGCCUCCAUUAUAGCUGCAUCCAGGUUGUUCUUCGUGGGCUCUCGCGAGGGUCACCUUCCAGACGCUCUGUCCAUGAUCCACAUACAGAGAUUCACACCGAUCCCUGCUCUGAUCUUCAAUUGUGUGAUGUCACUGAUCUACCUGACAGUGGAGGAUGUCUUCCAGCUCAUCAACUACUACAGCUUUAGCUACUGGUUCUUCAUGGGUCUGUCCGUCGCCGGGCAGAUCUACCUCCGCUGGAAAGAGCCCGACAGACCCAGACCUCUCAAGCUGUCUAUGGUGUACCCGGUGGUGUUCUGUCUAUGUGCUGUUUUCCUGGUGGCAGUUCCUCUCUACAGCGACACCUUCAACUCUCUGAUCGGCAUUGCCAUUGCCAUGUCAGGGGUCCCCGUCUACUUCCUGGGUGUCUACCUACCAGAGUCCAAACGGCCGCCUGUGAUCACCAAGCUACUGCGUUCUCUGACUCACUGGACCCAGUACAGCUGCUACUGUGUGCUGACAGAGGCCGACAAAAGUGAAUAGCAUCCAGUACACUUUACCCAGCAGUCUCUGCAAGUGAGCAUCAGACAAGGGAUUCUUUUGUGAUUCUCUUAUUGUACUGUACGCCAUGUUGAAGCGUUUGGACUUCACUGACCUGUUUACAACACUGAAAAUGCUGCCACACUAUGCACACGUUCACUUGCAGAUAUAUGCUGGAGUUCAAGGACAUUCAAGGAGAAGACAGUGCUGUUAUACUGCAUAUUGUGGAUAUUGUUACAGUUUAAUUCCUUCAUCAAAUUAUUUAAUUACUUAGAUUUGCCUUGUUAGCUCUACAGGUUAAUGUAUUAUGCCUUUAUGUGCCUGUGAGAUUUUACAGGUGCUGCACAUGACCAAAGGGACCUUUUUAUGGCCGCAGCCAACACCCUCCCCAUGUGUCUAACCCUUUUUAGUGUUCUUGUGUGCAUGUUCCCGGUUCCAGACCUGUUUCAGGAGAGUCACAGGGAAUAGAAGUGAAAAAAAUAUCACAUUAGUUAUCAUAUAAAGGAGAUCACAUAGAAUAGACUUGGUUAAAGAGAGAUACAGCGGCUUUGGGGAAGUUUAUUGUCUUUCUCACUUUCCCAGAGUCAGAAACUAAUAAAUGCCCUAGGGCAGACCUUUGUUGUGUAUUUGGUGUAGUCUGAAGUUGUGUCAAACAGCGGUAUUAUGGUCUUAUUAGGUAAAUAACAUGAUCACAAUCCCAUAGGUGUCCAGGAAUUUAAGUAAACUACAGAGGGGUGCCUUACCAAGCUUUGUCUGAGGGGAGGCCUACAGUCUCAGACUCUGAAAACCCCUGGUGUAUAAGAUUGCUAGCGAUCCAGUUGAUUGUGAAAUUAGAACCAGACACUACUUAGCUACCUGGGGACUGGGCCACACUGUAACUUCUGGUAAUGGGUGAAUGAGGUGCGGUUUUAACUGAGGUUUUAUUUUUAUUUUGGUUUCUGGCCUUGUUUUCUUUAAGUCCUCUUUUGUUUAUUCAAUAUGAACAGCACUCACAGGCCCUUUUCCUUUGUAGUGAGUGUUUGUAUCAGCAAAUAUUAUAGCAAAUAUUACAUGGAUAGAACUGACUUUAACUGACAGAUAUUAUAUGCAGAAUGUGUGAAUGGGCUCCCGAGUGUCAGAACAGGUCUGUCAUACUCACUUCCUAAAUGGAAAAAAAGGGAAGAAAAUGUGUUUUGUCUGCUGCUACAUGAAGUUUUACAGUCAUCGUCCUAACUGCAUUGCCUUUUUGUACUUUUGGGGCCAUUGUCUAAUUUUUGUUUUUGCAUUUUAACCAUUUUUCCCCCUCAUUUGGUGUAUUUAAUGCCAUUUUGUUAAAUAGGAAAAAUGUGAACGUUUCAAGCCUGAGGUUGGUUACCUGUCUGCUGAAUCCACUCCGUCGUUGUAGGAAGCUGUAGACUUCCUGUUCUUUAUGUUUAUAGCACUAAAUCAAUUUCUCAACUCUUUAACGUUCAGCGUGCUGUCUUCAAGGCAACAACAAAACAGCAAUUUCUGUAUCCGUUGUAGUGUUCCAUCUGUAAUUCCAGUUGUGUAGCAUUCACAAAUUACCUCUAAACGGUCUCAGGUAAACUAUACCUCACCCCAAACAUACUGUACUGCAUCUCUGAAUCACUGCCUGGAAUGCUUGCAAUAAGUUUUCAGAGUGUAAAUGGAAUAAUCAUUUUUAAAGUUUUAAAUUAAUUUACAAUGAAUGAUUUAAAUACAAUUUGAUGUAGAUAAUAAGUCAUGUUGAAUAUUAAGGGAACUGAAGAUUUGACGGAAUCACUGCUGUUUGUUAAAUGGAGAGAGACAAACUGUGCAGGCAGUUUUGGAGAUGGAGCAGUUAAGCUGUGUCUAUUAAAAGCUUUCUUUCAAACUCUUCAACCCUUCCUCUGGUGUCUGCCGCCUGUCUGCUUGGACCCACUACCAGGUGAGCUUUUCCUGUAUUCUGGAUAACAGAGUUUCAUUUCCAAGACUGUGACCUUACAUUUAAAACUUUCCCCAACUGUUGACAAUGGCCUAAUUUAAAAAAAAAAAAAAACACACACCUCGUUGUCUCAGGAAAAUAACUGAGCAAAGAAACUAAUCAGAUCAACACCUCCAGCCACAACAGGCAUGCUGAGUCUUUUCCGGUUUGUUUCCCUUCCUGUGUUUAAGACAAAACUCAAUUUUACUCUUGUGUUGUGGAUCACUGGACUGCAUACUUUGUUUGAGAUGGCCAGGUUCAGUGUUCAAACUUGUCAUCUAGGUAGGUUGUUCUUACCGAUUUCUUGUGAGUAGUGUGUGAGUGUCAUUCAGGACAAAGGUGUUUAUUUUGAAAGCUCUUUUUAUACACAUCUACAUAUUUACAAAAAGAGGUUAACUUCAACAAGCAUCCAAGAGAAACGAUCAACUUCAAUGGGGAAUUUCUGAACCAAACUCAAAACACACACACA